AUGCCGAGAUUACAAGUGAAAAGAGAAAGUGAUCCUGGAGUUAGCACUGCUGUGUCAUCUAUUAUGCAGCAUCAAAACUUUAAACGUAUGUUGAUGUUUGGAUUAAGAUCUUUAUCUGAUUUUUGUAGUCCAACAUCAAAAAUAUACAAAGAAAAUGCAUAUGAUGCUUUGGAUAGAGGUGCUGUAGGGUCUAUAAAAAAUGCAGUAGUUAAUUAUAAAGAUGAUGAUGACAUUCUUUUUUGCUCAAGUAAAAUAUUGUGUGCUAUGUCUGAUUACUGUUGUACUGAAAAAGAUCAAGAAGCUUUACAAAAAUUAAUAACGGAUGGUGGUGUAGAUGCCAUAGUAGAAAUAAUUAAAAGUUCCCCAUCAGAUCAAGAAACAGUAAAAAAUUGCAUGUCAUUUAUUGAAAAUAUGAAUGAAUUAAAUGUUCAAAUUGAAGGAGGAGAACUAGGCAUUGGUUUAUUAAAUGUUUUUACUUCUAAUACAUAUAACACUAAAUUGGGAAAGGGAAUAGCUUGUGCUUUGUCAGUUGCAGCUAAAUCUUCUUCUGGCGCAAAGGCCUUAAAUGAUGAGGGAGCACAUCACAAGUUAAUUGAUCAGUGUUUGUCAUUUCAAAAUUUAAAUGAUGAUGUUGCAGCUAUAGUUGAAGGAGCUUUUGAUACAAUUAAAAAUAUGGCCGCAAAUGGAUAUGUAGACCCAACUUUAAUUGAAAAAUCUGUACUAAUUCUAGAUAAAUUUAAGUCUUACCCUAGAGUGGUUUCAAAAGGAAGUGAUGCUAUGAAAUGUGCUGUAGGUCCAGAACAGUUAACAGAUUGUUUAAAUGUACUAAAAAAGUCUGAGCAAGGAUCAAAGGAACAAGAUGCUGCAUUAGAAUUACUGAGUUCUCUUUCUUAUAUUUCUUCAAUAACGGAUAAGGUUGUUCAAUCUGGAGGAAUACCUGUACUUAUAGAAUUAAUUAAUAGUGGUUUACAACAAUAUGAAAGUAAUCCUGAAAAAAUUUCUCGAUUAGUAGCAGGAGCAUCUAGAAUGCUAGGGAGAAUUUCAGCUAAUCCUCCUCAUGCUGCAAUUGUAUAUGAAUAUGGAGGUAUUGCCUCGCUUUGUACCGCUUUGUCAUAUUUUCCUAAUGAUCCCGAAUGUGCAAGUGCUAUAUGUUACGCUUUAACCCCGUUUGUUUCUCGCUCCAAUUAUGUUUCUGAAAUAAAUAAUUAUACAUUGUUUGCUUCUCUACUUCCUAUAUUAUAUGGUUCAUUGGAGUCAGUUGAAUUAGCAAAGGCUAGCAUGGAAUGUAUAGCUUCUGCUUCAAUGAUUAAUGAAUUCCAUGAACAUAUGGUGAAUAAUCAAGCAAUAGAAAUUUUAUCAACAUGUAUUCAAUAUCAUUUAACAGAAACUGAUUAUCUUUUAAAUUGUCUUACAGCAUAUUUUAGGUUAUCUGACUACAUAACGUCAAUUGAAUCAAUAAAUCAAUAUGGAGGUGUGACAGGAAUUGCUGAUGCCUUAUCAACAGUAACUAGUGAUAGAAAAAUAGCAGAAAUUGGACUAAAAUUAAUAAGUAAGAUGUUGACUGCCUCUGAUGCUUUAAGUCACAUGAGCAAUCAGCAUGUAGUUGAUGCUGUGUUAACUAUUAUGUUAGAAAAUGAAAAUGAAGAAGUUAUAAUCCAAGAAGGAACCAAAAUUAUGGAAAAAUUGGCCACUGAAAAUGAUUGUCAAAGACAUAUAUCUAAUUUAGAAUCAGUUAUUAACUCAGCUGAAUCAAAUCCUGAAGAUGCAUAUAAAACUUUAGCAGCUAUUUCAGGAUUAUCAAGAAUACAACCCUUAAAAAGCAUACUAGAAUCAAAAAGAGCUGAUUAUUCCGUUUUUAAUGCUAUUAGGGCAUGGAUAGAAUCACCUAGAUUUAACGAUCAAACUAGAUUAAUUAAAGCUGGAUUAAAGACAAUAAAGAUACUAAAAUUAAAUUCAUCUUCUAUGAUACAUGAGGUAAUAGCAACGAUAGUUGAUAUAAUGUGUAUUACACAAGUAAAAAGAAUUGCAGAAUCUGAAGAACCAGAUGAAAACAUUUUAAUAACUUCUGCAGUAUGCAUUAAUGAUUUAACAAAAGUAAACAAAAUAAGCAGUGACACUCUUGUAGAAGCAAGUUUAGAUAGUAUAUUUAAAUUAAUGAAAAAAUACUCAGAUUCUCGUUUAACUCAAACGAAUUUACUUGCAGCCAUAAAUAAUAUACUUCUUAGUAGUGACAGGAUAGGUGCAGAUAUUUUGGUUAAUAAAGGAUAUGUAAAGCAAAUUGUUAAUUAUCUUCAAAAAGUUCCUAUGUAUGUUGAUGUGCAGAUAAUUGGAUUUACUGUUUUAGCAAAUUUAGUUAAAAUUAAUCCUGAAUCAAUUGAAGUUUUAAGAAAAGCAAAUGCUCUAAGCCCUCUCCAAACCGCCAUGAGAACACAUGUAAAGAACACUAAAUUAAAAAUAACAUGUGCUCCUCUUUUGGCGUUGUUGAUGCCUUUAGAUUCAUUAUCAAAAGAGAUUGAGGAAUUAUUAAAGUUAUGCGAUAAUGCUAUGAAAGAAAAAAAUAUUGCAAAAUUGCACGAGUGUUUAGUUUCCUUAAAUGAAUUGCUAUUGACACCUGAAGCAAGUAAAAUAUCUGCUCGUUGUAAUAUAGGAGAAUCUCUUUUUAAUAUUGAAAAAUGGCUAAAAGGUAAUCCUAAAGCUGCCGAUUCAAUAACUAGUAAAGAUUAUGAUAUUUUAGGAAGAAGCUUAUUUGAUGCUACUAUAUCAGAAGUUGCCCACGCCUGCAUCAAUAUAUCACAAACAAGAAUUGGAUUAGUUCAUCUAACUAAACAUAAGAUGACCUCUGCAUUAAUAGAAGCAUAUGAUCUAUUACAGUUUCCUGGGAAUGAUUACACAGAAGAGGCUGUUUCUAAUAUAUUGGAAUCCUUGAGUUUACUAAUGAAGCAUGAUAUAACAAACGCUGAUACUGCAUUUAAUUCAGGAAUGGUUAAAAAACUGUGUACAGGAAUAAAUCAUUUUGCAGAAUCUGACGUUGUUAUAAAAAGUACUUGUGGAUGUUUAGCUUGCAUGUGUACAGAUGGAAAGCGUGUGAAUCAAUUAAUUAGUCAUCCAGAAUAUGAAGAACUCGUUUCUUUAAUUGUAAAAUUAUUAGGUAACUCAGAAAAAAAUAAAAAUUCUAGAGCAAACGCUAUAAAAGCGUUACACGAACUAUUAAGAACUCAUAAAGAAGAAAUUAUAGUACAUAUAUCUAGUAAAACACCUGUUAUCGAUAACUUAUUUAAAAUUAUGGAAGAAUACCAAGAUUAUCUUCCUAUUGUUCAAGAAAGUUCAAAAUGUUUAGCAAUUAUAGCAGAUUAUGUUACUCUAGAAGAAAAAAUGAAAAUAGAUAAGCAUUCUGCGAUAAAAAUAAUGGUAGGAAGUUUAAGUCAAAAUAAGAAUAAUGAAGAAACUGCAUUAGAAAUAUUGAGAGUUUUAGUUAAACUAUGUAAUGCCAAUGACAAAAUGCAAUUAAAAGAGUUAGGUGCUAUUGAUACAGUUUCUGAUGUUACUAUGAUCCACAGCGAAAAUGAAGAAAUUUCGAAAUUGGGAGGUGUAUUGUUUUCGUAUAUGGGAGCUGAUGAGCAAGUAAAAAAAUUGAUGAAAUUAAUAUUAAAUGUUAAAAAUGAUGAUCCUGAUUCAGUGCAAAAAAUAGAUAACUUGACUGGUAAAUUAGAAAUUUUUUUGAGAGCUCCUUUAGAAGAUCCUCAAGAUGCUUUGCAAUACACUGAAGUUACAUUACAGGUAUUAAAUGAAUAUUUAGCUUCCGAAGUAGAUAAUGUUUCAUUACAAGCUAAUGUAGCGUUAGUUACUAAAAGAUUAGUAGAUCGCGUAAAAUAUGAUUAUGAAGAUCAAUUGGGUUCAUGGGUAGUAGCUUCAGCAGGAACUUUAAAUCAAUAUACAGAUAUGAUUUCCAAUAAAAUAGGAAUAUCAAAUGCUAAAUUUGUAUCCCCAGUUUAUAGUGUUUUAGCUGGAUGUAUUUUGAAUCCAUAUACGAAACAAUUGGUAAUGGAUAAAUUGCCGCAGCUAUUAGAUAGUACCUAUGAAGCAUUGGAACAACAUAAAAAUAAACCAGAAGUUGUACAAGGAAUAUUCGAGUUUUUAGAACAAGUAGCAAAAGAUGAAGAAGGUGCUAAAUUGCUGUACAAACAAUGGAAUGGUUCAAUGGGAAAUCUUAUAGACCAAACAUUAGUAAUUAUGGAUUCAAAUAGAUCAAGUGACUCUGUAUGCAUACCUGGAAUGAAAUUACUGGGAGCUAUUUCAGAAACAGCGAAUUCUUCUGGAUAUGCAAAUAAUAUGAAUACUGAACGUAUAAUACAAAACUGCGAGUUGUUGUUAAAUUCAAGUUCAAAUAAAGAUAGAACAUUGGAAUUUAUUAAUUUAGUGGAUAAAAUGAUCUUGGCUAAUUUAUUAGAUGAAAAAGUAGCCACUGACGCAUUAAAAAAAAUUGGCGAUUUAGUAACUGAAGAAAAUUUGUCUAGAUAUUCAGAACAGGAUAGGGUAGAAAUUAUGAAAGCAUAUGCUGCAUUGAUAAAAGAUUGCGCCGAAACUGGAAUAUUUUUACAUAUUUUACCAGUAGAAAAGAUUAAUGCGGUAAAUAAUUUAGCAAGAUUAAUAGAAUAUGCACAAAACCCAGAAGUAACUGCAUCUGCCUUAGAAGCAUUAGGAAUAAUAGCUUCUUAUGAUACAUCUAUAGCUGCAAAAAUCUUAAGUUCUGCAUUACCAAUUGUAAUAGAAAAUAGUCGAGAUAAUAUAUUAAGUGAUAUAGGAGCAGCAGAAGCAUUUUUACAAGCUUUGGAAAAUUUGUUAUUGAAUGAAGGAAUAGGUCGCCAACUUGCUAAUAAUAAAGAAUUAUAUAAAUUAUUUGAAGAGUUAGAAAAUACUCUUGAGAAGAGAAGAGGAGAACUAGGUGAUGAUUACGUUGAUAAUAUGAAAACUAGAAUUAAUAAUAUCCGUAAUGCAAUAAAUGAUGAUAAACCAAGGGAGAAAACUUGUAAAGAUGUAUAUGAUAUUCUAUCACAAUAUACAACCAGUGGGACACCUAUUAAUAUUUUACAAGAUCCUUCAUUAGAAAAAGAAAUGGAUUUUGUGUUAGAUCGAUUAAAGAUAUAUAAUAAGGAUGACUUAAAACCUACCACGGAAGCAGGAAUUGAUCAUUCUUACGGUAAUAUGGCAAUAGAAUUAUUUUGUGAAGAUGGAGAGAAUAUUUCUGAACUUGCAAAAAAAGGAUUCCAUACUAGCGCUUUUCAUGUAAUAGUUAAACAAAGUAGUGAAAAUGUAAAACAUUACUCAUGCCGUGCUAUGUGCGCUUUUACUAAAAAUCCAAAAGGUUUAGAAAUAGUGAAAGAAAUAAAAGAUUAUCCAAAUAUUAUAAGUAAAUCAGUAAAUGAUUUAAACAUGGAUAAGACAUUAGAUAAAGAAAAUAAAGAAGAGUUUCUUAAAAGUCGUGUUUUGUUGAUAGACAGAACAGCCUACAAUAGAAAUGUAUAUGACAAGACAAAUGCUGUUCAUAAUUUAAUAGAAAUAUGGAAUGACUAUGAUAAAGGUAACUAUACUGUUUUACUCCUACGUCAUGUUUUCCGUUCCAUGAGAAAAAUUGUGUCAGAUGCACAUGUUCAGACAUUAUUAAAAGCUGGUGUUUUAGCUCGAUUAAUAAGCAUUAUAAAUAAUCCACAAACAGAUAAAAUUAUAUUUCCAGAUGUUUUAUUUUUAAUUGGUAGUUUAUCUGUAGUAAAGGAAAUAAAAACUAAAAUUGGAGAACUAAAAGGAAUAGAAGCGUGUGUAAACUUAUUGUUAAGAUCAUUAAAUGUAGAAAAAAUGGAGCCAACAAUAACAAACUGUUGUUUAGCAUUAGCAAAUAUGUGUAUAGAUCAUAAAGCAAAUAGUUCCAUUUUUUGUAAUUUAAAAGGACCAGAUUUAAACGUUAGAAUUUUAAGAGAAUAUAGAUCUAACUUUGAUGUAACCAAUGGCGCAUCUGUUUUACUUUGUAAUAUUUUGUUUAAAAAUGAGGAAAUGAAGAAGCAUUAUGGUAAGAAUGGUUCUCCUGCGGAGUUAGUACAAUGUUUAAAAAGUUAUGACGGAAGUGAUGAUAAAAAUGCAGUGAGGUGUAUUGAAAGUUUAUUUAAAGCCAUUUCCAACUUAUCUUUAUAUACGGCAAAUAUUCAAUACUUCUUAGAUGCAAAAAUUGAAGUAUCUUAUGAAUCUUGGUUAAAUAAAUUAAAUGAAUCAUUUCCCGAUGCACAAUUAGAGACAGGUUUACGUACUUUAUCCAAUUUGGUUAUGGAAAAUGAACAAAGAAAUAUGAAAAAUUUUGGAGUUACAUUAAUACCUGUAUUAAAUGUGUUAAAGCAAAAUAGAGAAGAUACGAAAGUAAUAUUUUUGUUAUUAGAUAUUUUAUGUUCCUUGUGCAGAUUAAAUGAAAAUGCUAAAAUGUUUGCUGAUAAUGGUGGAAUAGAAACAACGAUUAAUGUUAUACAAUUAUAUGAUUAUGAUAUUAAUCUAUUGGCCUUGGCAAUUCAUUUAUUAAGUAAUCAAUGUAAAAUUGAAUCAAGUUUGCCUUUAUUAGUGAAAGCAAAUGCAUUCGGAAUUUUAAUUAGCUGUAUGGAAGCAGAUACUGGAGAAUUUGAAAUGACUGAAUUAGUUGUUGCUUCGUUAAGAUGUGUUAGGCGUUUGAUUCAAUCAGAAGAAUUGGCUUAUGAAUUUUGCAAUAGCGGAGGUGUUCCAUCAGUGGCAAAUGUUAUAUGCAAAUCUAUUAAUCAAUCAAUUGUAAUGCUAGAAGUAUUGCGUGUUUUAUUAUGUGUAUUAUAUUAUACACAAAAUGUAGAAGGAGUAACAAACGAAUAUCCUGAAGAAGAAGAAGAAUUGCAUAAUGCAAAACUAGGAGGUUGGUAUAAUAUUAGUAUGGAUAAAGAAAUGAUAGAUUCAAUAAUACAAGCUGUAUUAACUUGUGCAAAUGAAGAACACCACCAAAAGCAAUUAAGACUACAAAAGGUAUCUCUCGGUUUAUUAGCAUAUUUUGCGUAUCAUCGAUUAGGGAUUAUUUCAAUGACAGCAUCAGGUUUUGAUGCUUUGGCUAAGGAGAAUUUAAAUAAUUUUGGGGGAGAUGCAAUAAUAAUGCAAUUAUUGUCUAUAUGUAUAGAUAACAUUGCAAUGUAUUCAGCAGAAGUAUAUGAUACAACCAUCACUAGAGAUAUUAUAAAAGGAUUUAAGAAUGGAUUAUCAAAAAUGAACAAUAAAAAAGAGGAUAAGCAAAUAUUCCAGAAAGUUCAGCUCACAUUAAAUGCAAUGAAUUCAGCAGAAGAUCCAUUAGAUGCAUUUAAGGAUACUCUAUUAAUUUUUGAUUUUAGCUUAUCAGAAUUUGACGUAGAUCCUUAUGUAAAUGGUGUUCAUGAUUUACCAUCUAAUAUAAAAGAUACCUUAAGAAAAGGUGGUUCUUGCAAAAUAUUUUAUAACAGUGAUCAAAGACAAGCAUUUAAAUGGAAAGCAAGUCAAGAUUUAAGUACUUUUGAAUGGACAGUUGGAGAAAACUUGGAAAAUAUCUUUAAAAUAUCUAUUGUCCGUAUAAAAAAUAUAUCUAAAGGAUUAUCUCAUCCAACAUUAAAAGCAUGUAAUAAAAGGGAACCUAGAAAAGUUACUACAAAAGUAACUUUAUGCGUUUUUGGCCCACCAACUGAGGAAUUCCCAAAUGGAUUAGAAUUACCUAUUAAAACAAAAACACAAAAAGAGAGAGAUGCAUUCGUUGAUUUAAUUGUAUUGUGGCGUGAUGCAGCUAGUUAUAAUUAUUAA